AUGUUAUUUUCGCCUCAACAACUUUUAAUGUUACAACAACAACAAAAUCAGUUAAAUUCAGCAGCCCUCCAAGCCUGUCCGGCUAGCCAAAGCACUUCCCCAGUCCAACAAAAACAACAAAACAUCCACGAUAUUAAUAGAAUUAUAAACAUAUCAGCUUCGAAGGGAACAUCUACCCUCAAUAUAGCUUCUCUCAUUCAACAGCAACAACAAAUGUCGGCUGCUACAAUGUUGCUGCUUCAACAGCCAAUGAAAAAUGGAGAAGAUGGGGGGAAAGAAUUAACAGGAGAAUUAAUGGAAGCUUCGAAAAAGGAGGAAAAUGGGGGAAAUUCUGAUGAAAAAAUUAAUGAAAAUAUUAUUGUGAAGAAGGAGGAGCAAGCGGAUGAGGAAGAAGUUGUUGGGCAACUAAGUGAGGAAGGGGAAAGAAGGAAGGAUUAUGAAAAGAGAGAAAUUGAAACGGAUGCGACUGAAGAAGGUACAUAA